CUACACCCAACUACGCUAAAGUAACGUGUCUUAUUUCUCUCCUUCAAGCCUUUCUCAGAACAUUCUUAUUACACUUCAAAGUCAAAAUAAACAUCAUGGUAUGCUUCUGUUUUCUCGUUGAUCAGACCAGAAAAGUUAGGAGAAGUAAACCGGCGGCCGGAAUUUGCUCGAGAUGCGGUGGCGGAGCCAGCGUUGCUGACAUGAAAACUUGUACAAGAUUUUGUUUUGUCCCAUUUUAUUGGAAGUCUUGGAGAGCUAUCAUGUGUACUUUUUGUGGCUCCAUUCUUCGAACUUACCGAUGAUAUUUUCAUUUCUCAUUUCAAUAUUAUUUUGUUCUCCUUCUAGGGUUUCUUUUUCCUCUAAAUAAUAAUAUUAACCCUAUUGUAUUCUCAAUCUAUAUAAAUAUAUAUUCUCUAUUUUAUAUGGGACCAUAUUUUUGAGAGAUUACGAGUAAGGAUUCUUCUAAACAGAGGUAGAAUUUAAUUAUUUUAGUAGUUAGUAGUUAAAUUUUUUAUUUUUUUAACCGAUUUUAAACCACUAGCUCUAUUUAAGUCUGAAAUUCCACGUCGAGACAGUAAAAAUGCUCUGAAGCGACUUAACCACUUGGGCUAAGCCUCCGGAUAAGAAAGAUCGAGAAGAUGAAGAAUUAAAGUUGUGCAGAUCUUUUUUUUUUUCUUUUUUGUGAAAUGAGAUGAUGACAGCAUUAAUGGGGAGGGCAAAUGUAGCUAAGACAAGUAAUGGCUGAAGCAGAGAGCUUAAUUGCAGUUGCAGGUUGGAUAUAUAUAGGGUCUUUUUAUUAAUUAUAUAAAAUUCACUAUUUUUUUCGCA